UCAUCGCAGUUACAACUCUUGACUUUUCUGGACAGAAGUUUAGAUUUGAUGCACAACUAUGCAAUAUCUCAAUUUCCCCUCUAAUAUGAUCAUCUACUAAAAAUUAUCUAAGCGUUGUCAGAGGGACAAAGCAAUGCUCAAGAAUUCUAUUGCUCAAGAACACCCACAUCAGAAACAGCGCCUACAGAUUUUUAUUUAUUUCAAUUUGCUAACGAUUUUGCACUUGCCCAUCACAUAUUUGUCCCAUCUGCCGUGCAGUCUUGUACAUAAAAAGCCAGCACCGCAAGAAUGAGCGCCGAUCCGAGCAACCCACCCCCUGUCCAACCCAAGGCUGCUUAUCCCCCUCUCGAAGCAGUUUUCAGGUCAGUGGAUGAGUUGGUGAGAGUCAGCCUGAACAACGCUGGGGACGACAUUAUCCAAAAUAUCGUCCUGCCGGAAAUGCAAGCACCAGCGAUAGAAGCUUCCGUGGUGCCUGACGUGUGGCUGCCUGACAUCGAGGCCAUGCUGGAUGCCAACAUAGGAAUUAUCAUUGACGAAGUGUGGAAAGAACUUCCGCAAAUGGUGAGCGAUGCGAUUGACUCCGCAAUUGGCGACUCGGGUCGAACCGUCCUUCCACAACUGGCCAGAAACGAGUACACCUGCGCCUUGCCUUGCAACUGUGAACCGGGCUGUCCAGGCGUGUCCCCUGAUUGUCAAGACGAAGAAGAACAAGCCGACGAGUUUUACUGAGCUAAAGAUACACAUGUGAAAUAUGCUAAUUUCGUACAAUUAACAUCUCUGCGCAAUGGGACAUUCUAAAUUAUUACAGUAUUAAAAUUUUCACUCAUUA